AGCGCAGACGUUAUCCAUUGCUGGCCAAGGCGAGCUCUCGACGGAGAAACAGAGAAACAAGAACAUGUACACGAAGCAAAAGCAAUUAGGGCGGAGGCUUGAACGAAGAAAUGCGUUCAAAAAUGUCGAUUAUGACGCUUCUACAUCGACCUCAUCAUCUUCUUCUUCGUCUUCGCCCUUGUUUGAUAUUCAAUCAGCUCAUCGAACUCAAUCACUUGAUAUUCGUUUGUUAUCGGAUGGAAUUAGUCACCGGGUUGAAGGAAAUGAAGGCGAGGUCGACCUGAUUUGCCGGUCUCUAGGGCUGUCUGGGCCGGAAGAUUUUGCAAUUCCGGCGGCUGAUUGGGAAGCUCACAAAGCUUUCUCUCCAACGGGUAGUAAUUAUUUCAUUGGUUCUAGAUUUGGUUGUUUUACUCCGGAUUCAACAAAUCAAUCUCCAAGGAGUGAUUUCUCGGAGGGUUUUGAAUCUCCAGCCACGGUUAAUUGCGACGAGGUCCAGCUUGAUAUUGGAUAUUUGCGAUUAACAAAGGCGGAGGAAGUUAGGGUUUUGGUGGACAAUGGAGGUAGAAAUGGUGGCGAUGCUGUGAUCGGAACUGGAAUCAGUGAGAUCAAGCGUGUAAACGAGUGUUCGGAAGGUAAUGGUAAAUGUAGAAUCAAGGGUGUCCGACCGCCGUUACUUGCUCGUCCUCCUGCUAUGCCACGAGUGAUUGUCGAUAAUCCUGGUUCCGGUGGGGUUUCAGUUCGUCGUUUUGCUCCAGUUAUCAGCUCGUUAACUGAAGAUACGGCGGCGUAUGUAAAACCUCCGGUUGCUAAAAAUGCAGUGCCAAGUGGGACGAUGACAUUAAGAUCCAUUCUUCCUCAAUCUAUCUUGGAUACAACCGAUUGUGAGGAUGAUGUUUGCUCUACUGCAGCCCCUGAACUCGAUUUUUUUGUUUCACCAAAUGGAUCUGUGAGGUUCAAUAUCAAAAACUGGCAGAAGGGCGAUUUUCUUGGAAGUGGGUCGUUUGGAACUGUUUAUGAAGGCUUCAAUGAGUAUGGAUUCUUUUUUGCAGUGAAGGAGGUUUCUUUGCUUGAUCAAGGAACCCAAGGACAGCAGAGCAUUCUUCAACUUGAACAGGAGAUAUUUUUAUUAAGUCAAUUCCAACAUGAUAACAUAGUUCGAUACCUUGGGACAGAUAAGGAUGAUGGAAAACUAUACAUCUUUCUCGAACUUGUACCCAAAGGUUCUUUAGCAAAUCUUUAUCAAAAGUAUCACUUGCGGGAUUCCCAAGUGUCUACAUACACAAGGCAGAUUUUGAGUGGUUUGAGUUAUCUUCAUGACCGAAAUGUAGUACAUAGGGAUAUAAAAUGUGCUAAUAUAUUGGUCGAUGUUAGCGGAUCUGUAAAGCUUGCAGAUUUCGGGUUGGCAAAGGCUACGAAAUUAAAUGACAUCAAAUCUUGCAAGGGGACUCCAUAUUGGAUGGCACCCGAGGUUGUUAAUAAUCGAAAAAACAAGGGAUAUGGACCCGCAGCCGAUAUAUGGAGUCUCGGGUGUACUGUGUUGGAGAUGCUAACAAGUCGAGUUCCAUACUCCCACUUAGAAGGGAUGCAAGCAUUAUUCAGAAUUGGUAGAGGCGAACUUCCUUCCAUUCCUAAAACAUUGUCUGAAGAGGCCCGGGAUUUCAUACUUCAAUGCUUACAAGUUAACCCGAACAAUCGGCCUACUGCUUUCCAAUUAUUGAAUCACUCAUUUGUGAAGAGCGCAGUGUGCAUGAACUUAAGCCCUGUUUCUCCACUAUGUGGGGCCCGAUUACCUUGAGCAUAUUUGUAGAAAUGGUCAAGGGUUAGUCUCAACAACCAUAUUGGGUAUUGGGCUUUAAGUCAGCCCGCUAGCUAGACCUAGAUGGUUGUUGUUUUAUCUGAUGUAUAUUUCACAUGAUUCUUAUUUGAUUGAGCUGUGAAAGAUCAGAGAUUGCUGGAAAAACAACUCGUUUUGCAACAGUAUCUUGUAAAUAGUGAUUGUGUUUGGUGGUUAUUUUUUUUUAUUUUUUUUUUUGUAGAUGGGGGAG